AUGUCAACAUCUGCGAACUUCAAAAAGUCGCCAAAUCCAAACUACCGUCAAGGUGGGCAACCGAGGUAUAUCCCCUCCAUCGAAAACCAUCAUCCGCAAAAGCUGCCAUUGCAAUCCUCAACCUCCUUUCUUCGUCACCCUGACGAUGUUCCACAGCCACUUCAACAGCCAUCGUCGGGAAGUCAGUGGCUGUCUCCCCCCACUUCUUCUGCUCUCCUCUCCUACCAGCAUCAGACUGGCUCCUCAACGAUUUUUCACCAUCCCCACUCACAUCCUACCUUUCAGCUUCAUCCAGAAUGUUAUAAUCAGAUGCCUUCACCCAUGAGCUUAUCGCAUGCACCAGCAACUGCCUACCUGUACAAUUACGCGCCGGUGGAUUCUGCCGCUCGUUUUUACGUCAAUGGAAGCUUAACUCAAGCUAUUGAAGGCUGGCCGACCGCUUAUCAACCUCCGAGGACUCCGCAACCUUGUCCUCAUCCAGGCUACUCUUACCACCCUCACGAAAUGGCUAUGGCCCCCACCGAUUCUUCCGUGUUACAGCGUCCGUCGGAUUUGGACUUCGUGAACGCCCACAAGGGUUCCCUACCUCCUCAUUCAGUAACUGCACAGGCCUCUCCGGCAAAAGCUAAGCUCCUCUUUCCCAUCAAACCCCCAGCUAUUGUGCCCACUGGUUCCCCGCCACCGUUGCCCCCCAGGACGACUCGUCAACCGCAAAGUCAGGCACAAGCGCAGCAACAGCGUCCUCCCGCACUGCCACCUUCCAGCACUGGUCAACGCGGCAAACAAAUUGACCCCUGGAGUAACUGGGGCGGUUCAACUGGUGUUACUUCUAUCUCCACUAGUGGUGGUUUGCCACAGUCCAUCCCUUUUCUCUCUACACCUAGUUCUGGGAAAGUUGUAAAGUUCGCGACGCCUUCUGGUGUUCAUCGACCUUCUACACUACUACCAAGCACCGACGAUUCCCCAGGUGGACACUGUCUCAAGCCACGUUCAUCGAAUCCCUCAAAAGAGACAACACCAAUCGAAAUGGGUCACAGGAAAACCAAGUCCCCCUCUCCAUGUCCGCUGAGUGGGCACCACACUAAAGCGAGCACUCCCAAUCGUCAGAGACAACUUCUGCCCACCGAACGUCAGGCCUCACCCAGCAAUGAGAUUUUCAGACAAAAUAUGCAUAAGGCAACAACAGCGGCAGAACCCCGACUCGUUUGCCACCUUUCUGUUGCCAGCGAUCAGGAGAGUGGCCCAGCCAAAGCCUCAGAUACAGGCCUCUCCAACUCCCUCUCCUCCCCCUCCUCUUGCACCUCGUCCUCUGUCUCAGUGUCGGGGUCCUCGUUGGAUUCUUCCUCCACCCAUGACAGCGACGAGCCCUGUGGCAGCUCCUCCCAUUCCUCUUCCAGCUUUUGCUCUGACUGCGCUCACAGUGGCAUUAACACCAACGUUGUCAAGGGCGAUGCCGCCACCACCAAUGCAGCGGGAGCGGAAAAGGGGUUGGAGACGGCAGGAGGUGCAGAGUACGUGCCCUUCGUGAAGGCAGUGAAUCCAGCCGUAUACCGGCGAUUCAUAGAGCAGAAGUAUUUCUCCAACGUCGGCCGAGUGCACAAGGAGCGCGAGGAGAGACAGGCCCGUCUGGAGGCUGAGAUGGCUCUCAUGGGACUCAGUGAGGCCUCGCGCGCUCACAUGCGGAAGAUGCUGCAGGCCAAGGAGUCCAACUACAUGCGUAUGCAACGCGCUCGUAUGGAUGAAAGCAUGUUCAUUCGCAUCAAGCGCCUCGGUGUUGGAGCCUUUGGAUGGGUGUGGUUGGUACGCAAGAAGGAGAAUCGGCAGUUGUAUGCGAUGAAGAUUUUGAAGAAGCGCGACGUGGUGCGUCGACGCCAACUGGCCCAUGUGCAGGCGGAACGUGACAUCCUGGCUGAGGCAGACAGCGACUGGGUGGUGAAACUCUUUUUCUCCUUCCAGGACUCCCAUGCCCUCUACCUUGUCAUGGAGUACAUCCCUGGUAAGUUCACCCCCACCCUCUUCGCCUCCCUCAAAACAACUGCGUUAAAACCUGAUUACCUGACCAACCUUAAGAGAAGAAAUUACAAAUUUAUAAAGGUUCUUCAAAUAACAGGACCCGAGGCGGUUAAUUCGGUGUUGCUUUUCAUAGGUCAGUCCGAUAAACAGCAACCGAAUCAGUACCGAAAGAGACUGUACCGAAAGCGUUUGCGUUAUUUCGUUUGUCAUUGUCCUGCCCAUUCAAGUGUAGAACCACUUAAUAGUUCUCCCUUGUUGGCCGUUGGUCCCACCUCGGACGGCAUACAGAGGUCGUUUGAGGAGAUCACUUGUCAUGAGCUAUCCCCACUGCCACCAAUACGUGAUGGAAGUAUUUCCACGGAGUCGUUUUGGUCGGAAUUAGCCAAAAAAAAUACUCCAAAUGGUGCUCCAGGUUACUAUUUACUGUUUUUGGACUCUGUGCGCGAAUUACAGAAGCCCGAAGCCAUUCCUUCAAGUGAAGUGUUCCCACGUGGAGACAUGAUGUCCCUGCUGAUAAAGAAAGAAGUUUUCGAAGAACCUUUGGCAAGGUUCUACACAGCUGAAUUGACACUUGCACUGGAGAGUGUUCACGAAUUGGGCUUCAUACACCGAGACAUCAAACCAGACAACAUACUGAUCAACCGUGACGGCCACAUCAAACUGACAGACUUCGGCUUGUGCACAAGUUUCCGGUGGACGCAUAGCAGCAAGUAUUGGGAUCCAGUAUUCGCUAUCCCUCAGCCCGGCCAGGAAAAGACUACGACCAUCCCAACUACCACAGAGGCGGCAGCGACGGCAGGGACAACAGGGCUAGCGGAGGGCGACACGGAGGGGGACGAAGGCGAGGUGGGGGAUCAGGUGUGGCCCAUGCAUGACCAGACUCUCGAGCGACGCAUUCGCAGUUCUUCCAACCGACGCUGUGCCAAGUCCCUCGUCGGCACACCCAACUAUAUUGCACCAGAGAUCCUGCGUCGACAAGAAUACAAUCGUGCCUGUGACUGGUGGUCGGUGGGCGUAAUCCUCUAUGAAAUGCUAGUUGGUCGACCACCAUUUGUGGCUCAGACGGCGUUGGACACCCAACUGCGAGUGAUCCAGUGGCAGCGCCACUUACGAAUCCCAGGGGAGCCGAGACUGGCCUCUGAUGCGGCUGAUCUCAUUCGUAAACUUCUCUGCGAUCCGGAGGACCGGCUGGCCGAUCCGCGUCUCAUGAAGCAGCACGCCUUCUUUGAUUCGGUCGACUGGGACAAGUUGCCCACCCAAACACCUCCCUAUAUCCCAACUAUUCUGAACGAGCUGGAUACGUCUAACUUCGAUGCGGUGGAUGAAGAGGCAGGUGGCGAUGACCAAGCAAGCUCUCAGAGCAGCUGUGGCGGGGCUGGAGGCGGAGGAGGUACAUUCGGACUAACUAGCGCGCCACACGCCUUUCCCGAUUUCACUUUCAAGCGCUUCUUCGAUCAGGAUAACAACCCCACCACCUCGGAACGUGACGCCAUCUGCUCCACCGGGGCGUGGCACCAAACCAGUGCGGUGCUUGUACCCUCCUCGUCCUACCAGUAA